AUAACCCAUACUUAAAGUGGGCAGCUAUCACUGAAGCACCCAAGGAGCAAUUGGGGGAAGAUCUCAAUCUUAAGGGCACAUCAGUCGCAACCCACCAGCCUCGAGAAUCAAGUCAGCGACCUUUAGGUUACAAGGCCAACUCUCUUACUUCUAAACCGCAACUGCACCCACCAAAGUGAGAGAAUUGAGAGAGAAACACAGAUAGAGAGUGAAAGAGAAACUUUUUUUACUGCAUGUCCAUCCUGUUGAAUCAUCGAGUGAAGGACAAACGGAAAGAUUAAUCAUUAUAACACAAAAUCCUAAAUGUGGACUCUCAUCUUGUUUUUCAUCACUGUGGAGGUGGCCGGAGGGUCUGAUGAUAUUAAAGUUGUUAAAGUGAUGAAUGGGGAUCUCCUCAGACUCGAUACUGAAGUUGAGCAACUCAAGGAAAGCACACAAAUACUGUGGACGUUUGAAGACGGCAAACUAAGUUCUCGCAUCGCCCAGUAUCACGGGAAACUUUACAGCCAUUAUGAUGGGAGAUUCAAUGGCAGGGUACAGCUGGACCAACAGACUGGAGCUUUAAGCAUCUCAAACAUCAGCACAAAUGAUUCUGGAAUCUAUAAAGCAAUGAUUGUUAUAAACAAACAGAUAUCAACAAGAAUGUACAAAGUGAAUGUAUACGCUCCUGUUUCUGUACCUGCUAUAAAGAGCACUUCACUUACUAGUGUGCAACAACCUUCAAAUACAUCACAGAAGAUGCAGGAGUUUUGCUCGGUUCUCUGCUUUGUAAAAAACGACCACAACGUCUCCAUCUCGUGGUACAAAGGAAGUGAAAUGGUGAACCAGACCAGCAGUUCUGAUCUCAGAUUUAAUCUCAGUUUAUCUUUAAAGCUUCAUUAUAAUGAUACAGAAACAUACAGAUGCACGGCCACAAAUCCAGUGAGCAAUAAGAGCAUCAAUCUUCAAAUGAAAGACCUCUGUCCAUACUAUGAAGAAGAAUCUCUGUCUACACAUACAGACUGUCAGGAGUAUUGUGGAGAUGUUGAGGUUCUGAUCCGGCUCGUUUUGUCAGUUCUGGUGGGAUUCGCUACUGUUGUCUUUCUGGUUGAACACAUAAGAUCUGCUCAAGGCCGAACUCUUUCUCCUACUAAAGACAUUUUUAUGAGGCACCAGAAGGUGUAAGAUCUAUAAACUGAAGCAGAUUUACUCAGAGCUCUUCAACAAAUUCAUAAUCACAUUUGUGACCUUGAACCACAAAACCAUAAAGUCAUAAAGGUCAAUUUAUUGAAAUUAAGAUUUAUACAUCAUCUGAAAGCUGAUAAAUAAAGAAGCUUUCUAAAUAUUAAAUAUCUUAAUACAUGAUUUUUACAGUAUCCUAAUGAUUUUUGGCAUUAAAAAACAACAAUUCUGGCUAUUUCUACAAAUAUACCCGUGUGCCUUCACUGGUUUUGUGGUCCAGGGAAACAUAUACAGUGUAAACAUUAAUGAUGUAACCAUUAUAGACAACAUUCACACCUUACUGUUGUAAAGGGCAAGUGAUGGUUAUAUAGACGGUGUCAAAUCAGAUGUCAGACAACACAAAUAUUUUACUUAACAUUAGUUAAAUCACGAGCAGAGACACUAAAUCCAAAUCAUUUCAGCAAUUAGAUCUAAAUAUUUUUUAGAUAUUUUAUAUUAUUAAAAUAUUUUUAUAUUACAGCUGUCACUGCAGUACCCUUUCAAAGAGUGCAAAUUAGUACUUUAAAAGGUACAUAUUGGUACCUAAAUGGUACAUAUUAGGAACUUUUUAAAGGGUUCUGCUCCAGUGACAGCUUUUAUACCUUCACAGGAAAAUGAUCAGUGUUAAAUGUACACUGCUGGGG